AAAGGCUCCAGACAGCCUUAGAUUGAUGUUAAAGCUCCAUAUAAAGAUACAGGACACCAAUAAGAGAAUUUCAUUUUCGUCAGUUUGCCCCACCUUAUUAUGGAAAUACAGUUUGAAAUUUGAUUAUAGUUUAGGAACAUAGAUCUAAUGUACAAAACUAAAACGUCCGUACAAAAUUAAGGGUUUAAAAGCACGGUGGCUCUAACCAUAAAGUUACAACCAUCAAAAAUUGAUGAAGCGGUCACUAUAAAUAACCAGACAUCAAGAUAAGCAUCGACGUCUGCUAUUGAUGGCUCCUCCCCCGCUACCUGUAAAUCUGCGAUGCCAUCUUCCAACAAAUGGAUGUGACAGAGGGAGUCGGAGAACGAGAAUUGCGUACAAGAAUAAAACGGUCAUUUUUUUUUCCAACCCAAACGAUAUAUCCGUAAAGGAAACGACAAACUGAGGCCUUUGACGCGAGGACGACAUUCAACAGUGCGCGGUGCUGAGCUCAAGUAGCGGACCUGCUGAAGGCUACGCUGUAAAAAAACAAAAAACAAGGUGGGGGAGUGAGUGAAUCGACUGGCGACGACAGCACGCCUCUUCAGUGUUAUCAUAACGCCGCUGCAGUUUCAUCCAUCGGAUCUGUGAGAAAACCGUGAGUUUUGAGGAGUUUGAACAAGAAAUUUGAUUUUUACGCACACGUCUAACGGAUGACGCGCAAUCCCGGCCACGAACGCGCAUCGUGAGGCGCACGACUGAGAUCUUAAUUUCAAAAGAAGUUUGGGGUUUUUUUUUGUUUUUUUAAAUUGCGAGUGUGGCUCUUGUGGACUUUAACUUUUACAUCUUUGCUUAGAGUGAAGCCAGAUGAGAUGGAAGAGGAGCGGAAGGUGGUUGGCUGAACAUGCCUGAGCCGUUGUGGCAUCAGGGGGCGCUGGCUGGAGCUCCCCAAAGGCCCUGAAUCCCAGUUGAGUUUGUUUGUUUUUAGGGGCUGGCAGGUGACCAGAAGUCGGUAAUGCCGAAAAACAGGGAGAGAUUCAACCCGGACCCAUCCAUCCACAUAUCCAAGAUGAAUGUGAUCAUCCCGUUCUCACCAGAUGUGCCCUGUGAUAACAACGGCCAGCGGAUGUGGUGGGCUUUCCUCGCCUCUUCCAUGGUCACUUUCUUUGGGGGUCUCUUCAUAAUCCUGCUGUGGAGAACUCUGAAAUACCUGUGGACCGUAUGCUGCCACUGUAACGCCAAAAAGAAGGAGGUCCAUCGGAUCACCACAGGCGAUGGUAUUAAACGCACAGACAAGGAUGAUGCCGCGGCCAGCGAGGUGGGCUGGAUGACCUCGGUCAAAGAUUGGGCCGGAGUCAUGAUAUCUGCUCAGACGCUGACAGGAAGAGUCCUGGUGGUGCUCGUUUUUGCACUCAGCAUCGGAGCCCUUGUGAUAUACUUCAUAGAUUCCUCUGAUCCCAUCGAGUCCUGUCAGAACUUCUACAAAGACUUCACGUUGCAGAUUGACAUGGCAUUCAACGUCUUCUUCUUGCUCUACUUUGGCCUCCGUUUUAUUGCUGCCAAUGACAAGCUGUGGUUCUGGCUGGAGGUGAACUCUGUGGUGGACUUCUUCACCGUUCCUCCAGUGUUUGUGUCAGUGUACCUGAACAGGAGCUGGCUUGGUUUGAGGUUUUUAAGGGCCUUAAGAUUGAUACAGUUCUCAGAAAUUUUACAGUUUUUGAAUAUACUAAAGACAAGCAACUCGAUUAAGCUGGUGAACCUGUGUUCAAUCUUCAUAAGCACAUGGCUAACUGCAGCAGGGUUCAUUCAUUUGGUGGAAAACUCAGGGGAUCCUUGGGAAAACUUCCAAAAUUCCCAGGCACUUUCCUACUGGGAAUGUGUCUACUUACUCAUGGUUACAAUGUCCACUGUUGGCUAUGGAGACGUGUAUGCAAAAACCACCCUGGGCCGCCUGUUUAUGGUCUUCUUCAUCCUUGGUGGUUUGGCCAUGUUUGCAAGCUACGUCCCUGAAAUCAUAGAGUUAAUAGGAAACCGCAAGAAAUAUGGUGGUUCCUAUAGUGCGGUUAAUGGGAGAAAGCACAUCGUGGUUUGUGGUCACAUAACACUUGAAAGUGUAUCCAACUUUCUAAAAGACUUCCUACACAAGGACAGGGAUGAUGUCAAUGUAGAAAUUGUUUUUCUCCAUAAUAUUUCCCCUAAUCUUGAGCUGGAAGCCUUGUUCAAGCGCCACUUCACCCAGGUAGAGUUUUACCAAGGAUCUGUCCUAAAUCCACACGACCUGGCCAGAGUCAAGAUUGAAUCAGCUGAUGCCUGCUUGAUCUUAGCCAACAAAUACUGCGCUGACCCCGAUGCCGAGGAUGCAUCCAACAUCAUGAGAGUAAUAUCCAUCAAGAACUACCACCCAAAGAUCAGGAUAAUCACUCAAAUGUUGCAGUACCACAAUAAGGCCCACCUUUUGAACAUCCCAAGCUGGAACUGGAAGGAGGGAGAUGACGCCAUUUGCCUUGCAGAACUCAAGCUCGGAUUCAUCGCCCAGAGCUGCCUGGCUCAGGGCCUCUCGACCAUGCUGGCCAACCUUUUCUCCAUGAGGUCCUUCAUCAAGAUUGAGGAGGAUACAUGGCAGAAGUAUUACCUUGAAGGAGUAGCCAAUGAAAUGUACACAGAGUACCUGUCCAGUGCCUUUGUGGGUCUGUCCUUCCCAGUAAUUUGCGAACUCUGCUAUGUGAAGCUAAAGCUGCUGCUGAUAGCUAUAGAGUACAAGUCUGAUCAAGGGGAAAGCAGCACCCUGAUAAACCCUGGAAACCACGUGAAAAUGCAGGAGGGGACCUUGGGCUUCUUUAUUGCCAGCGAUGCCAAAGAAGUAAAGAGGGCACUGUUUUAUUGUAAGGCCUGCCACGAUGACAUAACUGAUCCCAAAAGGAUAAAGAAAUGUGGAUGCAAGAAAUUGAUAUAUUUUCAAGAGGACCAACAAUCAGCACUAUCACCCAAAAAAAAGCAACGUAAUGGAGGCAUGAGGAAUUCUCCAAACUCCUCACCUAAGAUUAUGAGACAUGACCCACUCCUCAUCCUGGGAAACGAGCAGAUUGAGAGCAUGGACGAGAACGUAAAGAAAUAUGACUCCACGGGGAUGUUUCACUGGUGCCCGUCCAAAGACAUUGAGAAGGUCAUCUUGACACGGAGUGAGGCAGCCAUGACUGUUCUGAGCGGUCAUGUGGUCGUGUGCAUAUUUGGAGACGUGAAAUCAGCGCUGAUCGGUGUCCGAAACUUUGUGAUGCCUCUGAGAGCAAGCAACUUUCACUACCAUGAGCUGAAGCAUAUUGUGUUUGUCGGCUCCCUUGAGUAUCUGAAGCGGGAAUGGGAAACUCUGCAUAAUUUCCCCAAAGUCUCCAUUCUGCCUGGCACACCGUUGAGUAGGGCAGAUCUGAGGGCUGUCAACAUCAACCUCUGCGACAUGUGUGUCAUUCUGUCAGCCAAUCAGAACAAUAUUGACGAUGCAUCACUGCAGGACAAAGAAUGCAUCUUGGCGUCACUCAACAUCAAAUCUAUGCAGUUUGAUGACAGCAUCGGGGUCUUGCAGGCUAAUUCUCAAGGCUUCACACCACCAGGAAUGGAUAGAUCAUCUCCUGAGAAUAGUCCAGUCCAUGGACUGGUGAGGCAGACCUCUGUCACCACUGGAGCAAAUAUCCCCAUCAUAACAGAACUAGCGCCAUUAGCAAAGCCAGGCAAAAAACUGCCUGUGAUUUCAUUCAGUCAGGAUAAAAGCAGUGGGACCAGCAUACAAAUGAUAACUGAGCUGGUGAAUGACUCGAAUGUUCAGUUCCUGGAUCAAGAUGAUGACGACGACCCAGACACAGAGUUGUACCUCACACAGCCUUUUGCCUGUGGGACAGCAUUUGCAGUCAGUGUGCUGGAUUCCUUAAUGAGUGCGACAUACUUCAAUGAUAAUAUCCUCACCUUGAUCCGGACGCUGGUAACGGGCGGGGCGACACCGGAGCUGGAGGGGCUGCUGGCAGAGGAGAAUGCAUUAAGAGGUGGCUACAGCACACCACAGACCCUGGCAAACAGGGACAGGUGUCGCGUGGCACAGCUGGCCUUGUACGAUGGGCCCUUUGCCGACCUCGGGGAUGGUGGUUGUUAUGGUGACCUGUUUUGUAAAGCCCUAAAAACUUAUAACAUGUUGUGUUUUGGCAUCUAUCGGCUACGAGACGCACAUCUAAACACACAAAGCCAGUGUACCAAACGAUAUGUCAUAACCAAUCCACCAUAUGCAUUUGAGCUGGUGCCCUCAGACCUGAUAUUCUGCCUGAUGCAGUUUGACCACAACGCUGGCCAGUCUCGAACCAGCCUCUCCCAUUCUUCCCAUUCAUCCCAUUCUUCAAGCAAAAAGAGUUCCUCCGUCCACUCUAUCCCCACCACCAACCGCACCAACCGAGCCAAAAGCAGGGACUCGCGAGACAAACAAAAUGCAACAAGGAUAAGUAGAGUUGGCCAAGAAAAGACAUGGUUUACAGAUGAGCAACAGAAUACCCACCAGAGGACCAUAAAGCUCAAGCCUGUGAAUACUCUCGCCGUCAAUCACAUCAGUCGAUAUACUACAUCCGCAAGCAGCUUGAUUCCACCCAUCAGAGAAGCAGAGCACAAGCGCUGAGUUCUGGACGCGUGCUGGUUAUUGGACUCCUAGAAGACUCAUCGUGUAGGCGUCCGUCCGGAAUCUGAGAUAUCGCCUCAUCUGCAAACGCAAAUCAUCAUUUUUUUCAUCGUAUAAGGCGAACAUGUACUGCUUUCGUCAUUCACCUCUGCAGCAAGUUUAUUUUACGUAAUCUUCAUUAAAGACAAUCGUUGUCAAAUAUCACAGUCACUCAGCUAUUAGUUUGCACAGCUAACCUUUAGCAGUGGCCAGACUCCAUGACUUUUUUGGUUUAUUUUGGGGAAUGAUGGUCACGUCAACAAGAAAAGCAAUGUUAAAAAAACAGAAUAACUACUUCUAAUACUGCUAAAAGGGGUGUUUAUUAGGAUUAAUGGAUCAAGUUUUGCAAUUGUAAAAGUUGCCUUCUUAGCUGUGUAUGAACAACUACUACUACUUCUGCAUUUACGUUAACCAAUGUUGCAGAGUUAGUCUGUACAGUAUGUUUAAAAUGUGUAUUUUACACCCAGCUGCAACCCCACCACAAUGGCAUUGUUAGUGACUGACUCUCAGUGAUUCCUUUGCCAUUUGGAGCUAAUUCACAACAUUUGUGACAGUUACGACGGCCAGUGUCCAUAUGUAAAUGGCAUUUGGGUCCAGCCUUAUCUGAAUCCAUUUAUGUUUGUCUUAUUUUUUUUUGCCUUUUUUCAGGUGUUAUAAAUGUUUUCAUGUUGCUAUUUCAAGUUGUCCAAAACCCCGGAAGUGUUAACAAGUACUUGCAUCUGCAAAUUUUCUUUUUGUUUUUUAAUAGCCAAAUAUGAUAGAGCUGUUUUUGUUGGGUUUUUUAAAAAUUUUGGUUAUAUUAUAAAACAACCAAAAAUCCAAAGGUUUGUUCAUUUUACAUUUAUCCAUUUACUUAAGUCACUAUAAACAGCUAAGCCAAAUGCUAUGACCAUAUAUGAUAUACUUGUAGGUAAGAUGAAUGUAAAAGCCACAUAUCGCAUAAAGUGGGCAUCAUUUAAGUCCUCCUUUGGCUGUAAGCACUGCCUGACACAGGAUUGUCUUGGAGGCCAUUAAGCAACUUGUAUGUUCUCCAUGACCAAUCUUAAUGCCAUAAACAGACAUGAUUUUUGUUGAUGCAUGAAGAACAGCUCUAUCAUAAAAAAAAACAAAACCCUGAAUUUUUGGCUAUUUGGUUUUUUUUUGGAAUACUUUGUUUUGUUUACCUCCUCAAUGACUGAUUACAUAUCUUUCAUAUCCACUUGCUUCUAAUAAAGCACCAAUCAUUUGUUUCUGUUUGGAAGCACAGAAUAAUGUGUGUGGUGUUAUUAAUCAUGUCUUAUUUUAAUAAUGAAUCACAGCUAUACUGGCACUGUUGUCACUUUACUUUAGGAUCAAUGAGGGGGAAGGAAAGGUAAAAAAAAAAAAAGAGCAAAGAAAAGCACAUAUUGCUCCAUGAAUUUCUCGAUCCAUAUAUGACACAUAACAGUCCAGCCUAGGAUUCAUGUUGGAUGUAAAAUGAGAGAGGUUGUGACAUUUUUACUGGCACAGAGGAAACCCAAGCUGUCCAUCCCUCAGUGCCAGUAAUGUGCCAGGCAGUGCUGAAGCCAAUGGAGGACUCUAGGAAGACCCACUGCUGCGAAAAGAGGCUUCUAGUUUAGCGUUCUUAAAAAUUCACUGGAGAUAGCUACGACUGUCGCAAACAGUCUGAGAAGUCUUAAAACUUUUUUUCUUCUAAAUCAAUCCAUCAUCAAGAGCAGCGCCUGAAAGCAAUUCAGUUGUAUGUAAAUGUGUAAAGCUUAAUGUGAAGUAUUUUUUUUCUAGUGUGUUCCCGUUUGACAGUACCUGUGGGGUUGAGAGACAUUCAACAUUGCAGUCUAGUCUGUAUUAUUUUGUGCUUUUUUUUUUUUUUAGCACAUCGACAAUGCCAGUGCUAAGUUGAUAUUUCUGACUAUGUCAUCAUACACAAUAAUAAAAACUGUUUAUUGUCUUGUACAAAUAGCCUUGUAUAUAAAUUGUACAUGAUUUCAUUUUGUAUUUUCACAAAUUAAAAGCAGAUGUAUUGUGUUCUAUAA